CUAGCUGGAGAGCUAAGAAUCAGUUCAAUUAAUCAUAUAUCUUCCCCCAUUAAUUUCAUGGCAAUUUUGUCCCAAAAGAUGAGCCAACACCCCCAAGACGGCGAGAGCUUCCGUAACAACGACGACUACAACAACAUCGGAUGUUUUCACAGUGAGGAGGUGGGACCUACGGACAUGACCGACGACCACGAGCACGACAUGGUCAUGCCCGGCUUCCGCUUCCACCCCACCGAAGAAGAACUCGUCGAGUUCUACCUCCGUCGAAAGGUCGAAGGAAAGCGUUUCAACGUUGAGCUCAUCACUUUUCUCGAUCUUUAUCGCUACGACCCUUGGGAACUCCCCGCUUUGGCAGCUAUAGGGGAGAAGGAGUGGUACUUUUAUGUGCCAAGAGAUAGGAAGUACAGAAACGGUGACCGGCCGAACCGGGUGACGACUUCGGGCUACUGGAAGGCCACCGGAGCGGAUCGCACGAUCCGGGGCGAGAAUUCGAGGUCGAUUGGGCUGAAGAAGACGCUCGUUUUCUACUCCGGCAAAGCCCCCAAAGGCAUCCGUACAAGUUGGAUUAUGAACGAAUACCGUUUGCCGCACCACGAGACGGAACGAUUGCAGAAGGCGGAGAUUUCACUUUGCCGGGUUUACAAAAGGGCGGGAGUGGAAGACCACCCAUCCCUGCCGCGCACUCCGCCGGCGAGGGCGGCGGCCCCUUCCAGAAGAACAAAUCCUGGUAAUAAAAUACAAGAAUCGUUUCCGCCGCCGUACCCGACGGGGGAGGAGAAAAUGACGAGUUAUAACGAGACGAGCGCGAGCCAUAGUGCCGACAUUGCCGGGAUAUACGCUUCGGCGGCCGCCCUGGAGGCGGGACCCGCAGUCCCGCCUCCGCCUGUUUUCUUUCCGGUGUCAUCAUCAGCCGCGGUGGCCGAUGAUUUACACCGUCUGGUGAACUACCAACACACUCCCCCCCAAUUCCCCCAAAACUACUUUCAAAACCUUUCCCCUCAUCACUUCCCGCCACCACCGUCGUUGCCGCCACUUCCGGCGCCCCAAUCCAUCGACACGCUCGCGGCGGCGGGGACUCUCCAUCCGGCCACUUCCGCCUUCUGUGAUAGACUGUGGGAUUGGAGCUCAAUGGUGGAUGCAAGUAGAGACUUUACUAGCUAGCUAGCUACAACGUAACUUAGCUUGUU